GGCCGCGGUGCUGCUAAUGGACAGGAUUGGGAGAAAAGCUCUAGUGUCUACAGGAUUUUUGAUAAGUGGAGCUUGUCAGAUUGCGUUUAUAUUUGUUCCGGAUGGGAAUUAUUGGCUAUCUCUCUCAGUGUACUUGAUUGGUAAGAUGUUCAUCGCCGGCGUGGCUACCUCCCUUUACGUGUAUACCGCGGAACUGUACCCCACGAGGUACAGGACCAGUUUGCUGGCGUACUCUUCUAUGAUAGGAAGAGUUGGGGGGAUCUUGGCACCGCUCAUGCCUGGUUUAGCAGCGGUGGUGUGGGUGCACCUGCCGUUCCUGGUGUUCGGCGUGCUGGCGCUGGUGUCCGGCCUGCUGGUGCUGCUGGCGCCGGAGACCCUCGGCGCGCCUCUGCCUGACUCCAUGGAGGAGGCUGCGGAACUUGGCACGACCAGCCCGUUCAGUCUGUGUAGGAGUAGGAAAAAAUCUUAUAAUGUUAAUUGAUUAUUAAAGGGUUAAGUCUUUUUUAAA